ACCGUAGGCCACGGGGAACGCGCUCAGAUCCUCUAUAAAUACCGGCGAGGAGGAGCCAAGCAAAGAUCACCACAGCGCAUUCCCAAUUAGCAUCUAAGCUCUCGUUGACAUUUCCUUGAGAAGAAGAAGAAACAACUCCGGCCAUGGCGGGCAUCAUCCACAAGAUCGAGGAGAAGCUCCACAUGGGCGGUGGCAGCGACCACAAGGACGAGCACAAGAAGGAGGAGGAGCACAAGAAGAAGGACGGCGAACACAAGAAGGACGGGGAGCACAAGGAGGGCAUGAUGGAGAAGAUCAAGGACAAGAUCACCGGCGAGCACGGCGACGGCGACAAGUCGUCCGGCGACCACAAGGAGAAGAAGGACAAGAAGAAGAAGAAGGAGAAGAAGCACGGCGAGGGCCACAAGAAGGAAGACGGCCACAGCAGCAGCAGCGACAGCGACUGAGCGCUCCGGCCGGUGCUCGCAGGCGUGCAGGCGAGAAGGAUGAUUGGGAGAAGGGUCACAUAUAUGCUGCAGGAUUCGGUUGAGCACGUUGUAGUAUGUGUAACCCGUUGCGUCUCUCAUGGAUGGAUUUUGUAAUGUACUACUAAUAUAACGCCUGCACUGCACGGUGCUUGUAAUAAAAACGUUUCAACAUGUUGGAAUCGAUAUUAUCUCCAUUGGUAUUGCCA